AGAGAUCCGUUUAUUACUCAGUUAUCACGCGCCGGCGAGAACCACUCUGCCAAAGCAUCAGCCAAUCUCUCUGUCUGUCUCUGUCUGUCUCUCUCUCUCUCGCUCUGCCGCUUCUCUUCCUUGAAAACCCUUCCACUGGCUUUUAACAUAUAUAUAUGAAUAUACAUAUAUACCCAAGAAGGAAAAAGGCUGUCGAACUGUAACAUUCAGAUUUUUCUGGUUAUCAAAAACUUGAAUUUUCCAUAGAGAGAGAGAGAGAGAGAGAGAGAAUGGCCACGCCGUCGCAUGCUCAGGCCGUCAAGUCCCUCAACAAAUCACCCGGACGCCGUCGUUUUGUUUUUAAGACUUUCUCUGAGAGGAUAGAAGACAUCGACAUUGAUGUAUACCAUAGCCUUGUCCCAAUUAAGGCUGAGCCUUCCGAGGGUUUGUCUUUCUUCAAGGACUGUCUCGUGGAAUGGAGGGAAUUGAACACCGCAGAGGAUUUUAUUUCUUUCUAUGAAGAAAUGCUUCCCUUGGUGCAAACAUUACCGCUGGUGCUUUUGCACAAGGAGUCUAUAUUAACGAAGCUUCUAUCCAGACUACAAAUGAAAGCAAGGCUUUCACUUGAGCCUAUUCUAAGGCUAAUUGCAGCUUUAUCUAGAGACAUACUGGAGGAUUUUAUACCCUUCUUGCCAAGAUUUGUUGAUUCUCUAAUUUCUCUCCUAGAAAGUGGUGCAGAUAGGGAACCAGAGAUUAUUGAGCAGAGUUUUACAUCCUGGUGUCAAAUUAUGAUGUAUCUACAGAAGUACCUUGUAAACGAUAUUGUAAAUGUACUCAAGGUUACAAUGAAAUUAAGGUUUUAUUCGAAGGAAUACAUCCAGGAAUUUAUGGCAGAGGCAGUGUCCUUUCUGCUGAGAAAUGCACCGUCUAAUAAGCUCAGGGAAGGUGUCAGGAAAAUAAUAUUUGAAGUUGUGAAGAAACCUCUAGCUACCAGAAAAUAUGGAGUCAGUGCUUUACUUUUUUAUGUUAUGAGAGGAACCUCAUCAAAGCUCCAUUCUAAAGCAGAGAAAGUAUUGCAGUUACUGAUGGAUGAUUCAAUAUUUGAUAUUGGUGAAAAAUUCAAUCGAGGUUCAGACACUAUUGUUGAAGUUCUGAUUCUUGCCUUCCAAAGAUUAUGUGAAGAGAUAGAGCCCAAUGAGUUGAAAUUAAUGUGGAAAUGCUUAUAUGUGGAAGUAGCUGACUGUAUAAAAAACAAACGUGUUGUUCGUUUGAGUUACUUGUUGUCACUGCUUGUUUCUAUGGUUCAAAUUAAUGAUGGGCGAAGAGUUUCUGAUUACCAGCCAAUGCUUGAUGCUUUGGAUUUGCUUUUGCGGACAUUAAUCUUGCCUACUGGCAUCUUGAUCGAAGAAGAUAAUUUAUUACAGGUUCUUGAUAAGGUUUUACAGCUGAUGCUAUGUAUUCUCAGUGGGCUCCAUAAUCAUAAUGACAUGUCAACCAUCUCUGCGUGUUCAUUGCAAUGGGCUCCUGUGUUUGGGUUAAAGAACUCAAGGCUUGGUUUCAGUUUGUUAACUUUCAUGCGAGGGCUAUUACGGAAGGAUCCUUCCAUAUUGAAUAUUUUCAGAGUUAACAUUUUAAGAGCCAUGAAUACUUUAAUAGAAACUUCACAAGAACAAGUUGUGUACCUGUUACUUUCUGUUUUUGAGAGGCUGCAUGUGGAUGUGAAAAGCUUUAACUUCUUAGAUGGAAGAUCUGAAGACGUACUUUCAAAGAUCCAAGAUUUUAUGCGGAAAGCUGUCAGCGAUUGGAUUAAGGUGAUAAAUGAUAUUUUAUCCGGGAACGCAUCAUGUACUCAAGUGCAUGAAACUGAUUUGGCUCUACUAUGGGGAAUCGUUAGCUGCUUUCCUUAUAUGUUUGAGGUUGAAGCAGAUUCAUCCUUGUUGAUUGAUUUGAGAGGUGCUCUUGAUGAGCUUUUAAUGGCUGAAACUGAAAAUGUCGCUAGUCUCCCUAGAAAAGCUUCCGAAAGUAUAAUUGGAGCUGCUUUAAAAUCCUAUUCCCAAUUGCUUUGUGGUAAAAAAUAUGGGUUCGAUGAAACAAGAGAAUUUUUGCAGCUUGCAAGAAGGCACAAAUCGUGUUCACAAGUAUUGUCUGCUGUAGCAGAUUUUUUGGAUUCUUUUCAUGGGCCAAUGGAAGAAGAAUCCAGCUGUAGAUUAUAUCAUCCUGAACUUAGUGCAGAAAGGAUCACAGAUGCAUUAAGUGUAUUUGCAGAUAAUUUGUGUCACUGGGACAAAGGAAUUCGUGUUGCUACUCUUAGAAUCUUGUGCCACUAUGAACCUCUGAAUUAUGAUACACGCACAGAGGAUCAGCCAGUGGCAAAGAAAAUGAAAACAGAAGCUUCUCAGACUUGUCAUAUGGAUAGCAAGAGCUGUAAUGUUCUGCGGCAACUUCUCUCAAUUGAGACAACUCCUCUUUCAGUUACUACCAGCAGGAAAGUUACUCUGUUGAUCUCUAAAGUACAGAUGGAUCUCUCUGCUGGAAGGAUUCCUGAAGCUUAUGUGCCUCUUCUGUUGAAUGGAAUUAUAGGUGUCUUCCAUAACCGGUUUAGUAACCUUUGGAAUCCUGCAUCAGAAUGCCUUGCGCUGUUGAUAAGCCAAAAUUUUGGACUUGUAUGGGAAGAGUUCAUAAAUUAUUUUGGAAAAUGCCUGAGCAUAUUUCAAGACUCAAAUGUUCAACUUGACAAAAUGAAUGCUAAUUUUGUUAACAAGUCGAGUGAUCUGGUUGAACGAUUUAAUUUGUUUGUUACUCCUGCAUCUGAUAGCACACCAUCUGCAACAGUAUUGUCUUUGUUGCUCCAGUCUUUACAAAGAAUUCCAGCACUUGUUGAGUCUCGAUCUCGACAUAUUGCACCUUUGUUUUUUAAGUUCCUGGGCUAUAAGUCUGACGACCUUGUAAGUUCGGGACAAUUCAAUUCACUUGUUUGCAAAGGUAAAGAGUGGAAGAGUGUCCUCAAAGAAUGGUUAAACUUGCUGAGAUUGAUGCGGAACCUUAAGUCCUUUUAUUUGAAUCAAUUCCUUAAAGAUAUAUUGCAGAAUAGGCUUCUGGAUGAAAAUGAUGCUGAGGUACAGAUGAAGGUUCUUGAUUGCCUGAGUGUAUGGAAGGACAACUUCCUUCUGCCAUAUGAGCAGCAUCUUAAAAACUUAUCUAGUUCUGAUAGUUUUAGAGAGGAACUAACAACAUGGAGUCUUUCCAGAGAAUCUCAUCAGAUUGAAGAACAUCACAGAGCCUAUCUUCUGCCCCUUGUUAUCCGUAUUUUGAUGCCAAAAGUCAGGAAAUUGAAGAAACGUGCCUCUCGAAAGCAUUCAAGUGUAAAUUUUCGGAAGGCUGUUCUUGGUUUCAUUGCUCAACUUGAUGUUGAUGAGCUCCCUCUUUUCUUCACAUUGUUGAUAAAGCCAUUGCAAAUUAUAUUUGUGGGAAGUGAUGGUACAUCUGACUGGUAUUGGGAUUCAGCCAUAAUUUCUAUAGAAAAGUUUCGGGCAUUGAAUUUCUUGAAGCAUUUCUCUGUUGACAGUAUAACUGCCCUAUCUUGGAAGAAAAGAUAUGGUUUUCUGCAUGUAAUUGAAGAUAUUCUUGGAGUUUUUGAUGAAUUGCGUGUUAGACCUUUUCUUGAUUUUUUAAUGGGAUGUGUUGUUCGGAUAUUGGGAAGCUGCACUUGUAAUCUUGAUAUUGCAAAAGGCUGUAGUUCAUCAGUUGAAAAUCAUUCUGGUGCCAACAUGACUUUGCUCGAGCAAGACAGUGCUGCACAAAAUAUGUUUCUGACCAGCUCUGCUCAGAAGCAGUUCAAGGAUUUGAGGUCUUUAUGCCUGAAAAUUGUUUCCUUUGUUCUUAAUAAGUAUGAAGAUCAUGAUUUUGGCUGUGAGUUUUGGGACCUUUUCUUUAAUUCAAUUGAAACUUUAGUCGAUGGUUUCAAGAAGGAGGGUUUUAGUGGGGAGAAGCCUAGUUCUCUUUUUUCUUGCUUCAUUGUUAUGACCAAAAGUGACAACCUUGUACCACUUCUGUACAGAAAAGAUAAUUUAGUUCCUGAUAUAUUUUCAUUUCUAACUGUUCCAUCCGCAUCAGAAGCUAUUAUAACAGGUGUCCUUAAGUUCAUUGAGAACCUACUGAUUCUUGAUAAUGAGUUGGAUGAGGAAGAGAGUGCUGUAAGAAAAGUUCUGCUUCCUAAUGUUGAUGCACUUAUCUCUAACCUGCAAUGCUUUUUCCUAAGUGAUUCUGCAAUCAAAAGAAAACUGGUCAAAUCUCCCGGGGAGACAGAAUUAAGAAUUUUUAAUUUAUUGUCGAAGUACAUAAAGGAUCCACCAUCAGCCAGGAAAUUUGUGGAUAUUUUGCUACCCUUUAUAACAAAGGGGGUUGAAAAUUUGGAUGUUUGUUUAGGAGCUAUAGAAGUUGUACGGUAUAUGAUCCCAAUAUCAGGGAAAGAGAUGACCAGAAUAAUUCUGAAUGCAAUUUCUCCACUGUUUGUUGCCAUUGAUCGAGCUAAGCGAUCAAGUCUCUGUGAUCUUGUGGACACUCUUGCUGUAGUGGACCCAUCUGUGCGCAUUUUGGCUGAACUGGUACAUGAGUUGAAUGCAACCUCUGCUAUGGAACUGGAUGACCUUGAUUAUGACACUAUACAAAAAGCUUAUCAAAAAAUUACUGUUGAUUUCUUCUAUACGAUUAAAGAUGAUCAAGCAUUGGUCAUUCUGUCCCAUUGUGUGCAUGAUAUGAAAGUGAGGGAGUUAAUGCCCAGUGCUUUUAACUCAUUAGUCGAAUUUGUUAAAUUUUCUGCUCUCAUUCUUGGUAAAGAAGUGAAUGAUAACCAUGACAUGCCGCACACAAGUAGAGUGUCUGAUGAUGGUUGGUGGACAAAAGCGUGCAUUCAGCGUAUGAUUAGCAAGAUUCUUCUGAAGCAUAUGGGAAACACUAUGAAGGGAGGGGAUACUUUUGUCUGGAAGGAAUGGAUUAAGUUACUAAAUGAAAUGGUGAAGAAACUUCCACAAAAAAGCUUUAAUUCAUUGAAGGCUCUUUGUGAUGAGGAUCCUGAAAUGGAUUUUUUCAACAAUAUUAUCCAUGUACAGAAGCAUAGAGUAGCAAGAGCAUUAUUACGCUUUAAGAAUGUUAUCAAUUCAAGCUGUAUUUCGGAGGACAUUACAAAUAAAGUUUUCAUACCUCUCUAUUUCAAUUUGCUUUUUGAUGAAGGAAAACAAGAACAUGUAAAAAAUGCAUGUAUAGAGGCCCUUGCUUCAAUUUCUAGGGACAUGGAUUGGAAAUCAUACUAUUCUUUGUUGACUAGAUGCUUUAGCGAGAUGGCCAUGAAUCCAGAUAAGCAGAAGAUUCUAGUACGGCUAAUUUGCUCUAUUUUAGACCAGUUUCAUUUUUCAGAAGCCAAGGACUCAUGUGACAAUGCUUCUGAUUCUGGGACCAAAGCAACUGGUUCUUCACUAAUGUUGCAAGUGAGUAGUGAUUCUGCUAUGGCAUCUGAGAUACAAACCUGUCUUCAUAAAGUUGUGCUUCCAAAGAUACAAAAGUUACUUGAUUCGGAUUCUGGUAGGGUCAAUGUUAACAUCAAUCUUGCUGCACUGAAAAUUUUAAAGGUGCUUCCAGGAGACAUAAUGGACUCACAGCUUCCAACCAUUGUUCAUCGUAUAUCAAACUUUUUGAAGAAUCGUCUAGAAAGCAUCCGUGAUGACGCUAGGUCUGCCUUGGCUGCUUGCUUGAAGGAGCUUGGGUUGGAAUACUUGCAGUUCAUUGUCAAGGUUUUGCGAACUACCUUGAAGAGGGGGUUUGAGCUGCACGUGUUGGGUUACACACUGAAUUCCAUUUUGUCGAAGUUUCUUUCGACUCCUGUUACUGGGAAACUUGAUUACUGUUUGGAAGAUCUUCUGUCUGUAGUGGAGAGUGAUAUUCUUGGAGAUGUUUCCGAGGAAAAAGAGGUGGAAAAAAUUGCUUCCAAAAUGAAAGAAACUAGGAAGCGAAUGUCUUUUGAGACACUGAAAUUGAUUGCACAAAGCGUUACAUUCAAAACUCAUGCUAUGGAAUUACUGUCACCUGUUACCUCUAACUUGCAGAAGCAUCUAAAUCCAAAAGUCAAAACAAAAUUAGAAAGCAUGUUAAAUAGCAUAGCCUUAGGUAUUGAGUGCAAUCCAUCUGUGAAUCAGACUGAUCUUUUUAUCUUUGUAUAUGGCCUUGUCGAAGAUGGGAUCAAGAAUGAACAUAACAAGGGAGAAAGUUCUUCAACCGCAGGGGUGAAUGGGCAUGGUGAAAAGGUUGUGCGUGGAAAAAGACUAUCUUCACGCCGGAUUAUAGAUACCAAAUCACUAUGUUCACAUCUUAUUGUAGUGUUUGCACUUAAGAUAUUGCAUAAACGUGUAAAGAAUGUUAAAAUGAUCAAAAGUGAUGCACGAUUAUUAAGUAUGUUGGACCCUUAUGUCUCAUUGCUGGGAAAUUGCUUGAGUUCCAAGUAUGAAGACGUUCUAUCUGCAUCCCUUAAAUGCCUGACUCCGCUUGUAAGGAUGCCUUUGCCAUCUAUUGAAUCCCAAGCUGAUAAAAUAAAAGCGGCAUUGUUUGAUAUUGCCCAAAGCACAGUAAAUGCUAGCAGUUCUUUAAUGCAGUCAUGCCUAAACUUGUUGACUGUGCUUCUUGGGGGUACCAAAAUUACUCUUUCCUCAGAAGAGCUACAUUUGUUAGUUCAGUUUCCACUGUUUGAUGAUCUAAAAGGGAAUCCUUCUUUUGUUGCCCUUGCACUUUUAAAGGCAAUGGUCAAAAGAAAGCUAGUUGUUCCAAAGAUAUAUGAUCUUGUGACUCAAGUUGCAGAAUUGAUGGUAACAAGUCAAGUAGAACCGAUACGCCAGAAAUGCAGUCAGAUUCUCUUGCGGUUCUUACUCGAUUAUCAUCUGUCAGAAAAACGUUUGCAACAGCAUUUGGAUUUUCUGCUUUCUAAUCUGAGGUUUGAACAUCCGAUUGGAAGAAAAGCUGUGCUUGAAAUGCUACAUACAAUUAUCAUUAAGUUUCCAAAAAGUGUUGUGGAUGAGCAAUCACAGACGUUUUUUGUCCACUUGGUUGUUUGUUUGGCUAAUGAUCAGGAUAAUGAGGUCCGUUCCAUGUCUGGUGCAGCUAUAAAGCAUCUCAUUGGCCAUUUAAGCCAACGUUCACUUCAUUCCAUCCUAGAGUACAGUAUAUCUUGGUAUUUGGGCGAGAAGCAGCAAUUGUGGAGUGCUGCAGCACAGGUUUUGGGACUAUUGGUUGAAGUUGAAGUUAUGAAGACAGAAUUCCAAAGACAUAUUAGUACUAUAUUGCCUGUGGCUCGUAGCAUUUUACAGUCCACUAUCAGUGGUGUUACCAAUACGCCACUUACUGUUUGUGAUGAAUUUAUUGUUCCUUUCUGGAAGGAGGCUUAUUAUUCACUUAUUAUGUUGGAGAAAAUGCUGCAUCAGUUCCAGGACAUGUGCUUUAAGAGGGACCUUGAGGACUUAUGGGAAGCUAUAUGUGAAUUGCUCUUGCAUCCUCACAUGUGGUUGCGCAACAUUUCAAGUCGAUUAGUGGCAUUGUACUUUGCCACUGUAACAGAGACUAGUAAAAAAAAUCAUGAAAAAUCAAUUCAAACUCAUUUUCUUAUGAGGCCAAGUAGACUGUUCAAAAUAGCUGUUUCACUCUGCUGUCAACUGAAGACAAAACUUGAUGAUGACACUGCACGUGAUCUGAUAACUGAAAAUCUUGCCUUUGCUAUAUGCGGUGUGCAUUCUCUAAUGGGGCUAUUGGAGCAUGGAAAGCCUCAAAAGUUUUGGGCUACCCUUGAACCACUUGAGCAAGGCUGCUUUCUUAAAUCCUUAGAGUUGCUGGAAACUAAAAAGGGCCAAAGCAUGUUUUUAUCUCUUACCUCUGGUGUAUCUGACAAAAAUGAUGAAGGCCACCCUAUGGACAUCCGAUUCUUGCUUGUUUCCAAUCUGCUUAAGAAGAUGGGUAAAAUUGUGCUUCAAAAGGAGGAUGUUCAGAUGAAAAUCGUCUUUGGUACUUUCAAAAAGAUUUCUGUACAAAUUUCUGGGGAGGACCAUGCACUUUAUGCAUUUGACAUUCUGCUGCCAUUGUAUAAAGUUUGCGAAGGGUUUGCUGGGAAAGUGAUCUCCGACGAUAUCAAGCAAUUAGCUCAGGAAGUUUGUGAAUCCCUACGGAAGACGUUUGGCACCCAAUUAUAUGUUGAAACUUACAAUGAGAUCAGAAAACAUCUCAAAGCGAAGAGGGAUAAGAGGAAAACUGAAGAAAAGCUCAUGGCCGUCGUCAAUCCCACACGACACGCCAAGAGGAAAUUGAAGAUUGCUGCUAAGCAUCGUGCCAACAAAAAAAGGAAGAUAAUGAGACUGAAAUUCGGAAGAUUGAUUUAACCAAAUGUUGCUAAAGCAUUUAUACUGUGUUUCUGAAAGUUUGAUCUCUCUUGUGAAGCCCACUUCUUCAGUUCAUACACCUUCUGUUGUCGUUACGACCAUUUUGGAAGCCUACGAGAAAGACUGGGAGUUUGGUGCAAUUUUAUGGUCUUUGCCGCCAUUUAACAUGUAGAAGAGCAUGGAGCGGAGACUGAUUUUGGCAACACUUCAAUUUUGUAGCCUAUAGGACUGUCCUUUGUAUAUAUAUAUAUAUAUAUAUAUAUAUAUAUUCAAGCAUAUAUUUAUUUGUUUAGAUUUCUUUUCAUGCUUGUAUAAUGUUUUCAGUGUCUCAAUGGUACUAUCAAUUUGGUUAACCAAAUUACAUUUUAUUCAAGGCCUUUAAA